AUGCGUUUCGUAUCAGCGCUUGCUGUCGCGGCGGCCACCGUCAGCGGCGCCCUUGCGCAGGACUUCGUUCUGGGCUUCAACUCGGGAGCCUCUGACGACACUGGCAAGGCCAAGACACAGGCGGACUUUGAGAAGGAGUUCACCACAGCGCAGAACCUCGAGGGCGCGCCGGGCGACUUCACCGCUAUCCGCCUGUACUCCAACAUCCAGUGGCAGACGACCGACACUCCUAUCGCCGCCUUCCCUGCUGCCAUCAAGACAAACUCCAAGCUCCUUCUCGGUAUCUGGGCCUCGGGAACUGAAGAUAUUGACAACGAGCUGAAGGCGCUGAACUCUGCUGUUGAGGAGUACGGCACCAAGCUGACGGAUCUCGUAAUUGGACUGUCGGUCGGUUCCGAGGAUCUCUACCGUGUGUCUGAGCCCGGUAUCCGGAACAAGGCUGGUGUAGGUAACAGCGCCGAGAAGAUUGUCGAGUUCAUCAAGGCCGCGCGCGAGCGUCUUGCCGACACUCCUCUUAAGGAUGUCAAGAUCACCCACGUCGACACCUGGACUGCUUGGGUCAACGAGUCCAACGCCGCUGUCAUCGACGAGAUCGACUUCUUGGCCGUGAACGCGUUCCCCUUCUACGAAUCCGAGCUGGACAACAAGAUUGACAACGCUGGCAAGCUCUUGAGCAGUGCCAUCAGCGCAACCGAGGGUGUUGCUGGAGGCAAGGACGUGUGGGUUACCGAGACAGGUUGGGCAUACAGCGGUCCAGACUUUGGUGCUGCCAAGUCAACUGUGGACAACGCCGAGACAUACUGGAAGGAUGUCGGUUGCGCGCUCUUCGGCAAGAAGAACGUCUUUUGGUACACACUCCGCGACGCCAACCCCGCGAACAAGGUCAAGUUCGCCGUCUCUGACAACCUCUCCACCACCCCGCGCUUCGACCUAAGCUGCCCGAAGGAACAGAAGGAGUUGCCAUCAGCGGAGCCCGUUAACAACGGUACUUCAUCUGGUGGCUCUUCAAGCAGCAACACCACCACUGGCGGUAACAACAACGACAGCGGUAACAACAGCGACAACGGUAACGACGGCGGAAACGAAAGUGCUCAGCAAUCGGGCACCGCCGCCCCUAGCGGUACUGGAGCUGGAGCUGCUACUUCGGUCUCGGUCGUGAACUCGAUGGCCAUGGCCUUGUCGGUCGUCUUCGCUAUUGCUGCCUGGGCCUUGUAA